CCUACUCUGAAUCUCCUGCGAUCUGAUUAUGCGCCCUCGUCGAGAGAGCGAACAGCUUUAGGCGCCGAGAUCGACACCAUGGAUACGUACACGGACGCGCUCGACGCGGAGAUCGCGACUACUCGGGCGCGCUUGGAAGAUCUGCAACGAAUCCGGCAGCAGCUUGUUGAGGACAAGCAGCUGAAGGCAGGCCUCGUAGCCCCUAUUCGACGCCUGCCGUUCGAGCUCGUCGCAGCUAUCAUCCUUCUUGCGCUGCCGGACAACUGGACCACCUCUGUGUGCGGCACGGUCCACCUCCCCCUCCUGCACGUGAACCAUCGGCUCCGCGCCAUCGCCCUGGCCACGCCGAGAGUCUGGCAUGUUGUGUGCGUGCCGAUAAUUGGCUGCAGCGACAAGUACAUCCAGCGCUUCCUCCAGACCGCGACGUGCCACUUGGACCGCGCUGGUGGACUCCCCAUCGACCUCGUCAGGGGAACCCACUUCACGCAGGAUGCGCCCGCUGGCCGUGAGGCCGACAAGUGGAUGUUCCAGCAUUCUCAUCGAAUUCGCCGCCUCGACUGGCACCUCUCCCCGGGACACCUUCCCUCGUCCACCUUCUCCGCGCCGAUGUUAGAGGAUGCGGCCCUCCGCUGGACCCCAGACAAUCAUAAUCAACGGCUCGGACAGACGCUGGCGAUCACCGACGCCGUCCGCAUGCGGUCCCUCCACUUGAAAGGCUAUCUAUCACCUUCACAUAUACACGUGCCCUGGUCGCGCCUGCAGCGCUUGGUCCUCCAUCUCGAACAAUGUGGACUGGAGGGCGUGCUCGCUUUGGAAUAUUGCCAUUCCCUCGAGACACUCGUUGUCUCCGUGCGGCGCUUCUCUUCGUGGGUGACCGACGAAGAAGCGAGCCUGCCAUCGGUUACCUUGCACAGUCUCCGCACGCUCUCGCUGCACAACUAUGGCAUCCCCUGGGCGCGAACCAUCACCUGUCCAAACUUGCGCGAAAUGAAUCUGGACUUCAUGGCCGUACCCAGUGCGCAGCUGCUCUUCGCGUCGUUCGUCAAAAGCAUGCUACACCGCUCCCUCGCGCACUCAAGCACGCACCCUCUCGAGGAGUUGACCCUACGCAUCGUCCGCCGAAUGAACCACGACGCAAUCCUAGGUAUCCUCGACCGCGCAUCCGGAGUAAGGAAGCUCACCCUUUCCGUCGAUUGCGCUGCGACCAUCGAGGAUGAGCUCUUGUCGAGGAUGGAGACUAUGCCUCGUAGCUUACCGUUGCUGGAGCAUCUCACGAUCUGCACCGAGGCAGAGGGCGUGUGGCUGCUGGACGGGCCCGGAGAUAGCCUGAAGAGGUUCGCGUUGUCCCGGUGGUCCUCAACCGAUGGACCUGCGGUGGCGCGCCUCACGCUGGAGUCCAAAAUUUGCCCCAGGGCGGAGUUUUGCGAAUGUGCAGUCCCGAGCGAAUGGCGACGCGAGUUGGAGGCGAAUGGUAUCCUUGUCAACCUGGCGUCGUGCGAGCACAGGCAGGACAGAAUAUUCACAGAGGAUAUGGAGUAGAAGGCCUGACAACAUGAUCUGUCGCAGGUUUGGUCACAGCGAAGGAAUGAACAUUUGACCACUGCCUACAAACAAUUGAUACAAAAUAAAUUCAUACAUCCCGAAUGCCAGUGCAUUCUCUUAGAAGUCGAGGGUCUGGCCAGCGUCGGCGGCGACCGUAGAAGCAACAUCCGACGUCGCGAGAAGAGAGUACUCGUACGGCGCCUCAGUGAAGGUGCCCUCCGGCGCCGUGUUCUCCCCACCGCCAAAGUCGUUGUCG